GCGGUCUUAACAGUGGUGUCGGCCAUCUUGAAAUCACACCACUGAGUUUGGCUUGACUCUAGUCGCGCGGUAGUACAGUUCAUUGAUUGAGAUUUUUGCGUUAAUUGAGAAGGCAAACUGUUUUGCAUACAAAGAAACAGACAGUGAUUUGUUUUCUGUCACUUACUUAGUGGUGAAGCAAACUCAGGAUUGUUGACGGAACAGUAAUGGCGACAGCUAGUGUUACUCCAAGCCGAGAAGCUGGCCGGUCAGCGGCCUCUACGCCUCUCUCUCCGACCCGGAUAUCUCGUUUGCAGGAGAAGCAAGAAUUGCAGCAUCUAAAUGACAGGCUGGCCGUGUACAUCGACCGAGUCCGGGCACUGGAAUUGGAGAACGACCGACUGAUGGUCAAAGUGUCUGAGAAGGAGGAGGUGACUACCAGAGAGGUAACAGGCUUGAAGGCUCUGUAUGAGGCAGAGUUAGCUGAUGCUCGGCGGGUUUUGGAUGAAACUGCUAAAGACAGAGCCAGGCUCCAGAUUGACCUUGGGAAGGCUAAAGCUGAUCUAGAAGAAGCAACACGCAGUGUCAAGAAGAAGGAAGGUGAUCUUGCUGCGGCCGUGUCAAGGGCAAAUGGAUUGGAAGGCCAGCUAAAUAAGAGUGAAGCAUCUCUUGCUACAGCUCUAAGUCAGAAUGCUGCACUGACCUCAGAGCUAGCUGAUGUCAAGAGUCUUCUUGCCAAGGCAGAAGACAGCCAUGCUGUUGCAAAGCGCCAGCUGGAGGCAGAAACGCUGAUGCGUGUAGACCUGGAAAACCGCUGUCAGUCAUUAAGUGAAGAGCUGGAGUUCCGGAAGAACAUGUUUGAAGAGGAGAUGCGCGAGAGUCGGCAUCGACAGGAGCAGAGAAUAGUGGAGGUGGAUUCUGGAGUCCGGCAGGACUAUGAGCUCAAACUGGGUCAGGCUUUACAGGACCUAAGGAGGCAACAUGAUGAGCAAGUUUCUCUUUAUAAGGAGGAACUGGAGCAAACCUUCCAGGCCAAGUUGGAUAAUGCCAAGAUGUCAUCAGAGAUUAAUGACAAGGCGAUGGGCGCAGCAAGGGAGGAGCUGCAGGAGUCUCGUAUGAGAAUAGAAAGUCUUGGAUAUCAACUUAGUGCUCUGCAGAAACAGGUGACUGCUUCAGAGGACCGUAUCAGAGAACUGGAGGAAAUUCUGUCAGCAGAGCGAGACAAGCAUCGCCGUGCCAUCGAAGGAAAAGAGCAAGAAAUGGCCGAAUUAAGAGACAGGAUGAACGCUCAGCUCAGUGAAUACCAAGAGCUGCUGGAUGUGAAGCUCGCUCUAGAUAUGGAGAUCAAUGCAUACAGGAAACUGCUGGAGGGAGAGGAACACAGACUUAAAUUGUCUCCCAGUCCAUCCUCCCGAGUGACCGUUUCCAGGGUAACUGGAUCUUCCUCAUCACGUACUAAGAGGAAGAGGGUGGAGGUGGAGGCUCAGGAUUUGUUGGAGAUGGGAAGAGGAGAAGAGCAGCUGCUGGUGUCGGAGGAGGCCACAGCUAGUGGAGCAGUGAAUAUAUCACCAACUGACAUGGAUGGAAACGCAGUGACACUAACUAAUGAGACUGAGCAGGAUCAGCCUCUGGGCAACUGGAGACUGAAGAGACAAGUUGAUGAUGGAGAGGAGCUUAUUUACAAGUUCUCACCUAAAUAUGUCCUCAAGGCUGGACAAACGGUCACGGUCUGGUCUGCUGAUGCUGGCGUGGCCCACAGUCCACCAUCUGAUCUGUUGUGGAAGAGCCAGGCUUCCUGGGGAACAGGAACUGUUGUUGUCACCUCUUUGAUCAACUCUGACGGCGAGGAGGUGGCCAGAAGGAGCGUAACAAAGACUCAGGUGGAGAUAGAAAAUGGCGAGGGAGAAGAAGAGGAGGUGGCACAAAGGGGCAGAGUGUCAUCCAGAGAGUGCGCCAUCAUGUGAAGUCGUCUUCUCAAUUUCAUGGCUUUGAUCCCCUCAUAUAUAUGUAUAUUUUAUUUUAUUUUGUUUUUGUUACAAGAGCCACUCUGAUAGGAUCUUAUCCAGUACACAUUUAGUUUUUUAUGACUACAGACAGUUUUUUGAAUCUUUGAAUAAUCGAGCUCUGUUUUCCCUGAAUAUUGACAAGUCCUAUAAUCAAUGAUUACACAAAGUUAUGGAUCCAAAGGGGAAAUGGUGGUGUUCCAGUAUCAACAAAAACCUAAUGUGUAUGUGAAGAAUUAAUUAAGUUGAUUGUCUUUUUUAUUCUGCCAGUAAGCAAUUCAGUUUCAUCUCUUAAGCAGAUGUAGUGUCAAGUAAACGCAGCUUAGCUUUCGCUCCAAAAUCAAGGCUACUCUGAAUGUGUUUCUUAUAUAUGAUAUUUCUCGGUGUGGUAAACCAGGUGAAUUUCACCUCUUAUAUAUCUUCCUCUGUAUUUUUCAUUUAUAUAUUCUUUUGAUCUGCAUAAUGCAAAUGUAGUAAAACGCCUGUAGAGAUAAUGAAGGCAGUUAUGUUUCAUUGCCAGGUAAAUAAUAUUAGUUUAGGUUCAGUCCAGUUGUCAGGGUUUAGAGCACCACAGUUGACCUGCAGACAUGAAGGACACUACUUGCAGAAUCCUGAUCUUAUUCCUAAGGCAAGUCCUGCAUCCUGCUAGUUUUUCCACUUCAUUUCUUUAUUACUUAAAAAAUAUGGGGGUGGUGUCAGUUUUCAUCAGGAAGUGUGCUUGUGUGUUUUUUUGUUUUUAUUUUUUUUAAUAGCCUUAAUGUAAAGUAAAUAUACACAGCUUUCUCCAAAUGUGCAGGAAUCUAACAGCAUGUAGAAGCUGUUUGACAUCCUGGUUAUUCCCAAAGCACCUCCUACAUGAUAUCCUGGGGGUUGCUGUUAGGAGCCUUAUCCAAGUCUACUUAAUACAUGUACACUGGAUUAACAAACCCCCUUGAAUUAUUGAUCAUUUGUAAAGAUUAAAAAAAAAAAGAAGGAAAAAAGCUAAGAGUAAGAUGUACUGUUAGUCUUAGUUUCCUUUCUAGACCUUCAGCGAAGCAUUUACAGGAGGCUGGGGAUUAUGAAAUCCCAGUUAAUGGGAAACACUCCAUCCAAUUCAACCCACCUUAUUUAUAGAACACUUUAAACAAAGUGCUGAACAGUAAAACAAGAAAUAUGUGAUUUUUUUUUUUUAAGUUGGGACCACCCCCCCCUAGUAUGCCUGUCCCAAGGCACUGUGCCUGAGGUCCAUGCAAAUACUUUUGUCAUCCAGCCUGAGAACGUUAAGGGCCUUCUGUAAACCUGUGCAGAUCUUGUCCACAUGCAGAAUUGCUACUGUGGAGUUUUUGAACUACCUCAAUGACUCCAGCUCCAGAGAGUGACCUUUCAGAUCCCUGCAGCCUCCAGGUGCACUUACUGCAUUACAGGGACAAGUCCCAGGUGUUCAGGAGUGCAUUAAUAGCCUCUCUAGAUGUUUCUGACUCCACAAACUGCUUCAGCAUUCAGAGCUGCUGCAACAUUUACUUGUCCUUGAACUUGACAACCUCCUUCACCUCCGGCAUCCACCAGCAAGUCUUUGAGUUGCAGCUGUGAGACUAAGACAGGCAGUCUUAGACCAAAGCUACAUGAAGACUCCAUGGUGGAGGCCUUUGACGUGUUCCAGUAUGACUCAUUCCUUACCUCCUCUCAGAGGUGGGAUUAGAGAAAAUGCAGACUUCUCUGCAGCCAGUCUUUAAAUCGGUCUUCCAUCAAUAUUUAGAACAAAUAGACUCAGAUAAGUUAAAAUGGAUAUGAAGCUUGUUGACCCUUUGGUCCCUCCAGAGGACCCAUUUGGGCAGGACUGUCCAGGUUCUGUGGACCAUUUGACUUUAUGCCCUCAGGUCUAUCUUCAAGAGAUGGUCCUAGUUUCCAUUUUCCUGGGAGUAUAAAACUUGUAUUUUUUUUAUAUGUGGACAUCUAAUGGGUCACAUCCAUCUGGAUCUUCAUCUUAGACACUUUGGAGACACAGAUAACAAGAACAUUUAGUUCCCAACAAAACCACAUUAAGCCUGUCUGCCAUGACAAAGACUUGAUCCAGGAUCUUUGGGAAAGCAACAUUUUAGACAUUAGACACUGAGCUGAUCCGUACUUUACUGUAGUUCACUGUAUGACUUACUUUGAUGUGAAUUCUUGGGAAACCUAGUUUUUAUUUUACGUUUUGCUGUGCUUUACAUUGCUAGACUUCUUUUAGCGUUUGAUUAUGUAACCAGUUUGUUAACAUGAAACACUGAUAAUUUUUUGUGUUUUAGAUUAUCUGGGAUGGUUUAGGUCAUAAGCCCCCUACUUUAAGAGCAGAAAACAUUUGUGGGAUUUAAUGUAGAUUCUGGUUUACACAAUACAGUAGUUGACACUAUCCUUGGAAUGUACCAGUAAAUCUCAUUUGUUGAAUAAAGGACAUGUGAACAACUUCAUGUAAAAAGAAAGCAACAACAGCUUGUUGGUAACCAUAACUGAGCAUGUGGUGCUUCAGAUCCUGGAUAAACUUGUGUGAUCUGGAUCUGAUUGGUUCCUCUACAAUAUGUGAUCAGUUAUUUUAAGAACUUUUUAUUCCAAAGUUUUAAUAAUCCGAGACUGUGUAUUCAUUGUAGGGGCAUGGUCUGCCAGUCAUGUUUUUUCCAUUCAUGAUUACCUGUUGAACUACAUUUUGUACACUUAAAUAAACAUUUUACAUAUA